AUGGCGGCUUCCGCUCCUGGAGACGGGCUGUCCGACAUUGACUCCGAAGGCGAUCUGAUGCUGAAGGUGGGCGGCGAAUUGGGUGGACAACAUGGACAUACUGGGAGCAAUGGCAAUGGCAAUGCCUAUCCAUAUCGCCUCCUCCGGGUGUCCAGCAAGAUCAUGAUGAGCGCAUCGCCAAUGUUCAAAACCAUGCUCAAGGCAGAACGCUUCCUUGAAGGGUCGCUAGCUUUGAGCAUAGAGCAACCGCCACAGCUGGACCUUCCUGAAGACGAGCCUGAAGCCUUCACUACGCUCUGCAGAAUCAUCCAUCACAAGCAAGGUCUCCAAGAUCCGACCCUUUUCAAAAGCCUACACGGUCUCGCAAUCCUCAGUGACAAGUACGAUUGUCUGAAUAACAUAAAGCCUUGGUUCACCUUUUGUCUCAAUCAGAAACUACUCCAAUUCCGUGCAAUCAAUAUGGAGGACCUACCACAUUUGAUCAGCGCAGCCUAUUUGUUUGACGAUCCCACUGCAUUUUAUGGCCUUACCAUGACUGCGGUAAGAUUUCUGCCCAGAUGCAUCAGGCUCGCAACUUUUAAAGAAGGUCUAUUCCCAAGCAUUGCUGAAAAGCUCGCCGGCACCCUAGAAACGAUUCGACAAACCAGGCUGAAGGACCUUAUCAGUCGUUUUCAAGAAGCUACUAGAACUCUCUUCGUGGACAAUAACAGCGUCGAAAACACUCGAGAUUGGAACACUCGCAUAUCCAUUUAUGACGUUGACCAGACCCAACGGGGGAUUUACGGCCCUUGCAAGGGACAGGCCUGUCGAGUCGGCAAUCUCAUUUGGGCACUGGUUCGCGCUCGGCUAUGGACACACCGCGGUCUCCCUAAUUAUUCCCUGGUGUAUGCUUUUGAUUUCGCGCGGUGCAUUGCUCAGACGAUCGACCUGUUCGAGACCAAGGUUGAAGAUACUGGGGUCAAGCUCGAACUCUGCGAGGAAGGUUCAUGCGACUCAUGCGAACGGGACUGGGAGAAUAUGCUGCAGAAUCUUGUAGAGGGAUGUGAGAAAGAGGUCGCAGGGAUCUGCCUCGUAUGCUUCAAAAAGGACAGCCUCGAGGUGACGGAGCCGACACAGAAGUGCAAGGAUCAUUGCAAUACUUACCCAGCGUCUACGUGGACGAUGGACAUGACCGGCUGGCCGCAGAAGGGCGACUAG